AGGAGUCUCACCUCCUACGGUGUGACAGAGGGAACAAGAUGGCUGCCGCACAGGAGGGCUGUGGGGUUGAGGCUGAUGCGGAUCAGGAAUUGGAAGAGCUUUUGGAAAGUGCUCUUGAUGAUUUCGAUAAGGCCAGACCCUCCCCAGCACCCCCUCCUACCACCACGGCCCCUGAUGCUUCAGGGCCCCAGAAGAGAUCGCCAGGAGACACUGCCAAAGAUGCCCUGUUCGCCUCCCAAGAGAAGUUUUUCCAGGAACUGUUUGAUAGUGAGCUGGCUUCCCAAGCCACUGCAGAGUUCGAGAAUGCAAUGAAGGAGUUGGCUGAGGAAGAGCCCCACCUGGUGGAACAAUUCCAAAAGCUCUCAGAAGCUGCUGGAAGAGUAGGCAGUGAUGCGACUUCCCAACAAGAAUUCACUUCUUGCCUAAAGGAGACACUAAGUGGACUAGCUAAAAAUGCCACUGACCUGCAGAACUCAGGCAUGUCAGAAGAGGAGCUGACCAAGGCCAUAGAAGGGCUGGGCAUGGAUGAAGGGGAUGGGGAAGGAAACAUCCUCCCUAUCAUGCAGAGUAUCAUGCAGAACCUACUGUCCAAGGAUGUGCUGUACCCAUCACUGAAGGAGAUCACAGAAAAGUAUCCAGAAUGGUUACAGAGUCACCAGGAAUCUUUACCUCCAGAACAGUUUGAAAAAUAUCAGGAACAACACAGUGUCAUGGGCAAGAUAUGUAAGCAAUUUGAGGCAGAGACCCCCACAGAUAGUGAGGCCACUCAGAAAGCUCGUUUCGAGGUGGUGCUGGAUCUUAUGCAGCAGCUACAAGAUUUGGGCCAUCCUCCAAAAGAACUGGCUGGGGAGAUGCCUCCUGGCCUCAACUUUGACCUGGAUGCCCUCAAUCUGUCAGGCCCACCAGGUGCCAGUGGUGAACAGUGUCUGAUCAUGUGAAACACGACACGUUUCCUUCCUGAUUCCCAGCCAUGGGGAAUGUCUGGAGUCAGCAGAACCACUAGGAGCUGAGGCAGGAAUGUUGCCUGUGGGAGUGGUCUACCAGCUACCCUCUGUCAUCCCAUCCAAGAUGGUGCCAAUGCCAACUGAUGUUUUUCCCUGUCUUUCUAGGAAUAAGACCUGUUCUGUGGGGCAUUUCUGUGAGCCCUUUUGAUUGUGGUUUCUGCUGCUAGCAAAGGCACAGAUACCUACUUACCAAGUAAAGGAAGGCUUCCCUUUUAGGAAGCAUGCAUCUUCUUCCUUCACCCAAAAUAAUGUUACAUUUGCCCACAUUGAUGUUCACCUUUGUACCCAGGGUCUUCGUGCCUUGUUUCCACUCCCUUCUCUGGGGCCUAGGGAGCAGGGACAGAGUCUUGGGACUCUAUUUCUGUAGUCUGUUGGACAGGUCAUUUGGAAAUGAUGGGGAGUAACCUUGCCUAGGCUGGAGCUAUAGGUCCAUCACCAUGCCCUCUUGCCUUCAGACAGACCUUUUUGAAUUCUCUGAAGGGAAAGGCAGUGGAGGCUUUUGCUUCUAAUGACAGUAAAGUUGAAAGACAAGUCCUGGGGUUCUCCUCUCCCAAGGUGCUGCAUCCUCAACUCCCAGUUCCAGCUUGAGAAUUCAGGUUGCUGCCCUAGUUCUUUCCAUAAUGCUAUGUGAUCUGGAUGAAUCUAGCCCUUGACCUUCCUUUGCCUCUCUUAUCUCCCCUCAUUCAAAAAUACCCAUUUAUUUCAACCUUUCUCCAAACUGACAAAGAAGGGCCCACCCUAUUUCCCCUCAUCUAGUCCAUUUACUGUUUUCACUGGCCCCUUCUCUCCCUGGUAAACACAAUAUAAUUAUAAUGUCAGAUCUAGGAACUGAGUGACUGUUCUUCCCCAGAUACAUUUGGGCUUAUUUGAAACAACUACUUUGAGUCCUGUCCUUUGAUUCAGGGAGGUUGUUUGGGAAAGUGGGGGGUGUGGCCUAGGUCCUUUUUCCAGACUAAUAAAUAUUUUGAGUGAGGAGUGUGGCCUGUUUUUCAUCCAGGUCUUUUUCUGAUCUUCCUCAACUUCUGUCAGCUGCAGUGUGAAUAAUUUUAGCAGACUAGUCCUGCAUAACAUUGCACUGAUGAUUCCACCACCACCCCUCUUCCCCAGCUCAAUCUGCACUUCAUUUGGCAAAGGAGACUGAUGACCUUACCUCAUUUCCUGUUAAGUAUUUGAGUCUGGGAAGCCUUUUCAUUUGUAUUGAUUUUAACAUUUCAUAUUUUUAUUAAGAAUAUAUUGUUGCCCUGGCUGGUGUAGCUCAGUGGAUUGAGCGCAGGCCUGCGAACCACACAAUUGCGGUUCGAUUCCCAGUCAGGGCACAUGCCUGGGUUGCAGGCCAGUUCCCAGCAGGGGACUCAAGAGAAGCAACCAUACACUGAUAUCUCUUUCCUUCUCUCCUUCCCUCCUCCUCUAAAGAUAAAUAAAUAAAAUCUUAAAAAAAAAGAA